AUGGUCCUCGGUUCGCGCUACCGAGUCAAAGAUGCUGCCCUCCUUCAUCUCUUACCGUGGGUCCUCGUCGUGGCGAUGAUUUUCGGCCCGAGCGGGUGCGUGGGGGCUGAAUUCUUCUUGGACUGGGAGGACGGCUUCCCCGACGGGAGCCCCGGGUUGAGUCCCGCCCUCGAGCCGAGCUUCAGCAUGAACAUGCAGUCCACCGUCGAACGUUGCAGCGAAAGUGGCGGGAACGAGAUCACCGAGUGCAAGUGCGGCGUCGACGGGUACUCCCCGCGGAAUUGCGACAGGUACUGGGGCAUCUCCUCCCUUCACGGCCACGAGGUGCUCACCGGCCUCGACUGGGCGCGAAGGGGCCAGGGCGUGCUCAAGUACUGGGCCGACGGCAGCGCCCGCGGUCUGAACGACUACGUCCCAAGCGGACAGUACGCCUCUAACAGAGCCGAGAUCGGCUCCAUUGGAUACAUGUACUUCGAGGGCGACGACGUCUAUUACACUGCGUCGUUCUACUUCCCAUCGGAUUCGUGGAACCAGGUCUCCAAGUACUCCACGAUCAUCACGCAGUGGAAGAUGACCAGCAAUCCGCACGGUGCCCUCCGAAUCAGCAACUACGGCGACUACAAACUUUACUACGAGGGUAUCGGUGACUGGCCGCAGACCAGCGGCAGCGCGGGCGACGGCUAUUACCUCGGUCAGGUCAAGCCUAACGCGUGGAACGACGUCAAAAUCUACAACCGCAAGUCGACCGGCUCCAGCGGGCUCGCGCGCAUAUACCUCAACGGGGAGAAGGUUUUCGAUUAUUCCGGCAAGACGUUGUCGGGGACGAGAUCCAGCGGCGGGUACGUAAAGUUUGGAAUGUACACCGAGGUGCGUGACUACCGCGUGCUCUACGUCGACGCGGUGGGGAUGACGACCGAUCUUUCCGCGCUCGGUUUCGCGAGCGAGGAGGCUUGGGUGGCAGAGCACCGGGACAAACCCACGGUGGCGAUGAGCGGCCCGAGUGACGGCUCCCAGAUGGGGACCGGGGUCGGGAUCACGCUCAGCGCCGACGCGAACGAUCCCGACGGCAUAGGCGGCGCCGGUUCGGUGGCAAAGGUUGAAUUUUUCGUGCGCGGAGACUGCCUGGUCUCCGCGGACGCCGCGUACCCUUACUCCGUGACGUUCAACCCGCCGAGCGAUGGCUUGUACGAGUUCCACGCGCGCGUCACCGACCGUGACGGUAACACCGCCACCUCCGGGAGCGUCACCGUGCGGAGUGGCCCGACGCCACCAACCGCCGCCAUCAGCUCCCACUCCAACGGCGACGACGUAUCGAGCGGCGCGGUGACCGUCUCGGCGACAGUGACCCCGGGCGACGCCGCCAUCACCGACGUGGAGUUUCACGCGAUCCAGAACGGCAACAAUCAGGCGAUGGUCAUCGGCUCGACAAGCUCCGCGACCUCCGGAUCGACCUACUCCAUCCAGUGGACGCCGGGUGGUAAUUACGGCUACACCAUCUACGCUGUCGCCACUGAUGGAAACUCCAAGAGUGGCGAGUCCGACCGCGUUCGCAUCGCAGUCGGUGGGUCUUCUCUGACCACUACGCUCACCCCCACCGAUGACACCACGCUGCUCAGUGGACAGCGGAGCACGAAGACCAAUUGGGGUAAGAACGAGAUUUACACCAAACCCGAGGACGUAUGGAUAACCAGCAUCGUCAAGGUAGACGCGUCCUCGCUUGAGUCGGCGGGAGACAUCCGGAGCGCCGUGCUCAGGAUCAACCUCUACGAGCUCAAAUCGGGUGGGCCGUGGAACUUCGCGGUGUGGAGCACGAUAGGAUCGGAGAGCUGGGACGAGAGUUCCACGAAUUGGAACAACGCACCCGCUCGCAAGGACAAGCUCGCCGUCAUCUCCAUCUCGAGCACCGGUUGGAACGAGUUCGACGUCACCGAGUACCUCAACACGCGACUUCAGGACGGCGACUCGCUCGGCGCAGUCACGUUCUGGUUACAGGGCGACGACUCAAACUACGAGAGGCUGCAGUUUUACUCCAUAAGCGACGCAUCCAGAAAGCCGCAGUUCGUCGUGCAGUACUCGACUGUCGCGGUUCCGUCAGAGCCCGCGGCCGCGCCACCUUUGGCGUGCCCGGUGUCAGCGCCCACGUCCACGCCGGCGACGCCCACCCCACCUAGCGAGCCCGCGCCGGAACCUGCGCUGAGUGAUCCGGCUGCGUCCGCCACGACGGCUUUCGGUGCAUUGCACGACGCAUCGCUGCAGCAGGCCAAACCCGACCUCACCGGAAACUGGGGUAACGUGGAGGCGUACGCCAAGCAGCCGAACCUCGCGAUCGUUGGAGUGUUCAAAUUUGACGUCACGAGUCUGAGCGGCAAGACGGUACAGGAGGUCAAGCUGCAGCUGUACGUGAACCUGCUCUCGCCCUCAGGGGGAGCGACGUUCUCGGUGUGGAGCACACAAGGCGCCGACGACUGGGAGGAGAGCACGGUGACGUGGAAUAAUGGACCCAGAGAAGACCAGAUGAUCACGUCGAAGCUGAUCGACGGCACCGAUCAGUACUUCGCCUUCGACCUCACCGAGUACUUCAAGACGCGCGUCGACGCAGGCUCGGAUCUCGCCAGGAUUUCGCUAUUGCUCAAGGGCAAUGACCAGGCCAACGAAGUGAUGGAGUGCCACAGCAACAGGGAAGGCAACGCGUUCCCCCCGAGGCUGGUGAUCAAGACCGGCGCCGAGGUGGCGGCACCGCCGAGUGAUCCCGCUCCACCGGCGGGACCGGCGCCAGAGCCGACGCCGCCGACGAGCGACCCUGGUCCACCCACGGAGCCGACACCUCCUGCCGGGUCCACGCCUCCUGCCGGGUCCACGCCUCCUGCCGGGUCCACGCCUCCUGCCGGGUCCACGCCUCCUGCCGGGUCCACGCCUCCUGCCGGGUCCACGCCUCCUGCCGGGUCCACGCCUCCUGCCGGGUCCACGCCUCCUGCCAACUCCGCUGCGACGCCCGCAGGUGAAGCGAUGACAAACACGACCAACGGGGCAUGCGACGCAGAUGGAAGGUGCGUCUGCACUUGCAUCAGCGAAGAAUGCGAGGCUCCCGCUGGUGCAAUCGCAGGGGCGGUGCUCGGAACGUUCUUCGGAGCCGCGCUCAGCGCCGCGAUAAUCGUUUACGUCUACAGACACGGCAAGGACGUCGGUAAACGGAGGUUGACCAAAUAUUUGAGCGGCCCAGGUGGCGGAGGAGGUCCUUUUGGAUCUCCGUCAUACAGGUCCGGUCUUGCUGUCGACCGCGUCCCUGAAUAUCUUGAGAACGUAUCCGUAAGGGGGCCGAUGCAGAUUUAUGAAACUCCGCAGAAGUCGGGAAAGCAAGAGAACGGCCAGCGCAGGAAGGAUGACUUCGGAGGAAAUCUGCCUCCCCUGUGAGCCAUCUAUGACUGUAAAAUAAACGUGUGCUGGCACCGGGGCAGGAAUGGUCAUCCUCGAGUUAAUUUCCCCGUAUAGAUCCUGACGCGUGCCACGCGCUGCCAGGAGCGGUUUUUUACAAGAGCAAGAUGCGCGCUCACGUAGCCGCUGACGCGCGAGUAACAAGCGGAACUGGGGUGACGAGGCGCCGCGAAGUACUGCGGGGCGCCGGACGCGCGGUGAACGCGUGCGUUUUUUUGUGUCUUAUACUACCCAACACUACCCACGCG